AUGGACUUCGACUUGCCAGCAGGCAACUCUUGCCUGCAGCGUAUAUUCCGUGUGUUUGUAUGUGGUGCACUGUCGCUGCUGUUGGGCAUGCACCUCUACACCUACCAGUGGGGGCGGUCAUCAUCUGAGAGUUUCACUGGGGAGUUCUCGGACCUUAAGUAUGUGAUUAUGCAGCUUACUAGGGGACUGACGGAGGUGAACCGCAAGCACGAGCGUCUCCAGAGCGAGAUGGAGCGUAUUUCACAAGUCCUCCCCGGCGUGGCGGCGGCGGCGUCGCGCGCGCGGGCGGCGCUGGAACCUGCCAUGGCCAGGAGCGGCAGCGAGAAGUCUUUUGAGAUCGUGGACUUUGAUCAUCAGAUGAUAGACUUCGCCCUCGAGUCGGCGGGCGCGCGCGUGCUGUCCACGGGGGACACGGCGGACCACGCGCUGCCCGCGUCGGCGCUGGGCUGGGCUCUGCACGCCGUCACGUCGUGGAUGUGCAAGGAGUGCUUGGGAGCGCGAGCCAUGUUGAGACCAGGUUCCCUGCCGGGCGAGUGCUGGGCGUUCAAGGGCGCGGUGGGCGAGGCCACCGUGCUGUUGCUAGGCACCGUCAUAGUCUCCGGCUUCAGCAUCGAGCACAUCCCGCCGCAGAUCGCGCCUACCAAAGAAAUAUCAUCAGCUCCUCGGCACAUAACACUCGAAGGCUUAGAAACGCCGACCGACCCAUACCCGUUCGACUUCGGCAGUUUCGAAUACGACAUCCAGGGGAAACCCAUUCAGUACUUCGAGGUGCGCAAGCGGCCGCCCCGCGGGUACAACAUCGUUCGCAUCAAGUUCCUAUCCAACUGGGGCAAUCCUGUCUUCACGUGUGUGUACCGAGUCCGUAUCCACGGCAGCUUGGCCCCGGGGCAGGGAGUGCAGUAUCUGGACGAAGCGCAGAUUGAAAACGAAUAAGUGAUUGUGUUUUGUUUGAGUGACUUUGAUGCAGGGCAGUGAGUGGGAUCAAAAGUGUUGAUUUAAGAAAUAUUUAGAUUGGAUAACAACUGUUUUUAUUUUCAA